AUGUCGAGCCCCGUAGAGCACAAGCUCCCCCAACGAUCUGGGACUGUCAGCAGUGGCUUUACUCGCCGUACCUCUUUCAGUGAUGAUGAGGCUAUUCCGGAUACUGAUAGCAGCGAGACUAGCAACCUUCUGAUUGAGCGUCUUCGUGCAUGGAAGCACAUGUGUGGAAACCUCGAGGAAUAUGUCUCGACUACCGCAAAGUUGUCCAAGUCUCAGUCAAAGGACCAUGAGAAGAUUCUCAAGACUGUCAGUCAGCCAUUGAAAGAGGCUCAUCACUUCAGCCAGUCUGAGGGCGGCAUGGCUGGCCUUUUCAAUAAUAUGCGCAACAACUCCCAGGGAAUGGUCAACAUGUACCUCGAAACCGAAAAGAACCUGACUGCUACCGUCCUCCCAACCCUCGAGCGUCUCCACAAGGAAAUCAAGAAUAAGUCGAAGGAGCUUAAGACAGGAGCAGCCAAGGGAGCCAAGGCCGUUGACAAGGCUCGCCAAGUGACCCAGAAGCACAUUGAGCUUCUGGGCCAGCAUGCUGCCUCACACGACUCUGCCAUGAGCACCAAGAUCGAGCAAGCGCACGACCCCUACCUCCUCAGGCGCCAGAUCAGACACCGCCUCAACAAGCAGGUGACUGAGGAGAACAACCACCGCCAGGACAUCCUCACAGUGCAGAAUUCCUUCCAGCAGUUUGAGGCCCAUGUCCUACAGACUGUCCAGGCCGCCCUGGAACAAUUCCACCAGAUCAUGGGUGGACAACUCGACCGUCAGCGCGCCAUGUACGCCGACGUCCUCGGAGCCGCCCAGCGCAUUCCACCAGACUUUGAAUGGAUCAACUUCUGCGUCAGCAACGACGCCAAGCUCGUGAACCCCGACUCCCCACCCCGCGAUUUUGCCAACAUCACCUUCCCCAACCAAGACCAUCGCUCCACCAAAGCUCUCCUUGAGGGAUCUCUCGAGCGUCGCUCUCGAGCCGUCAUUAAGGGAUACAGCUCAGGCUACUAUGUCCUGACACCGGCAGGCUACCUGCAUGAGUUCAAGGAUGACGAUGACUUCCGCCGUGAUCCAAGCCCAGAGAUGUCGCUGUACCUCCCUGACUGCAUCGUCGGCGCCAUCGAUGGUGUCAAGUUCACAGUCAAGGGCAAGGAUAUUUCCAGCAACGUGGUUGGCAAUGCCUUCCACACUAAUACCGAGUUUAACUUCAAGGCAUCCACCCCUAUGAAUGCCGAGAAGUGGUGGUCUGUUAUCAAGGACUCUACACGCGCUGCUCCUGCUGCUGCUGCUGCUGCCGCCGUUCCUGCUGCUUCAACCCACACCUCCCCCGUUACAUCUAACGGCUCACCAGAGACUUCUGCACCUACCGAGAAGGCGGUCGAGGCGGCGAAAGAUGCCCAGUCACCUGGUGCGGACGUGAAGACUCCCGGUGCCACGAAGCCUCUUAGCCGCGUUACCAGCUCGGGAAGCUACUUCACAGGACCCACCGGUUCAGCUACAGAGAAAUCCGAGAAGUCCUAA